AUGACACAGAGGGUCUCACUUUGGUUGAGCAAGCGCCGCCGUCUUGACCUGAGCACGGCUCUUCUCUUCUCGCUCGUCCUUAUUUCAUCUCUCCACGCGGCGAUGGCCUUUCGCUUCUCCGCGGGGCUCCGCGCGGACAAGCUGCGCAAUAUGAUGCGUGGAUCAGCGCAAGGCUGGCGGUCGACCAGCCAGCACCAGCAGCAGCAACAGAGUGGCGGAGGAAUGGGCGGCGGAGGAAUGGGUGGCGGAGGAAUGGGCAGCGGCGGAAUGGGCGGCGGCGGAAUGGGCGGCGGCGGAAUGGGUGGCGGAGGGAUGGGCGGUGGAGGAAUGGGUGGCGGGGGAAUGGGCGGCGGCGGGAUGGGUGGCGGAGGGAUGGGCGGCCGAGGGAUGGGCGGCGGUGGAAUGGGCGGCGGCGGAAUGGGUGGCGGAGGGAUGAGCGGCGAUGGAAUGGGCAGCGGCGGAAUGGGCGGCGGCGGAAUGGGUGGCGGAGGGAUGGGCGGCGGUGGAAUGGGUGGCGGAGGGAUGGGCGGCGGUGGAAUGGGUAACGGCGGACAGGGCGGCGAAGGAAUGGGUGGCGGAGGAACCGGAGGCGGAAUGGGAGGGGGCAUGGGCGGACCUGGUUCCUCUGCUCCCAUAUCACAAUCAGCCAUGGGUCCUGGGGGGGGCAUGGGCGGAAGCAUGGGUGGCGGCAUAGGCGGUGGAGGAAUGGGCGGCGGAGGUAUGGGCGGCGGCGGAAUGGGCGGCGGAGGAAUGGUCGGCGCAGGAAUGGGCGGCGGAGGAAUGGGAGGGGGAGGCAUGGGCGGCGGCGGAAUGGGCGGCAGCGGCAUGGGUGGCGGCGGAAUGGGUGGCGGCAGCAUGGGUGGCGGCGGAAUGGGCGGUGGUGGAAUGGGCGGCGGAGAAAUGGGAGGGGGAGGCGUGGGUGGCGGCGGAAUGGUCGGUGCUGGAAUGGGCGGCGGCGGAAUGGGCAGCGGCGGCAUGAGUGGUGGCGGAAUGGGCGGGGGCGGAAUGGGCGGCGGCGGCAUGGGCGGAGGCGGAACGGGCGGGGGCAUGGGCGGACCUGGUUCCUCUGCUCCCGGAUCGCAAUCAGCCAUGGGUCCUGGGGGGAACAUGGGCAGCGGAGGAAUGAGGGGCGGCGGAAUGGGCGGCAGAGGCAUGGGCGGCGGAGGUAUGGGCGGCGGCGGAAUGGGCGGCGGAGGUACGGGCGGCGGAGGUACGGGCGGGUCAGGGUGGUUUGCUCCAGGGUCGCAGGCAGCACCCGGCCAGGGUGGACCUGGGAUGGGCGGAGGGAUGGGCGGGGGGAUGGGCGGAGGGAUGGGGGGAGGGAUGAGCGGAGGGAUGGGCGGAGGGAUGGGCAGAGGGAUGGGCGGAGUGACGGGUGGAGGGAUGGGGGGAGGGAUGGGAGGAGGGAUGGGCGGAGGGAUGGGCGGAGGGAUGGGCGGAGGGAUGGGCGGAGGGAUGGGCGGAGGGAUGGGCGGGCCUGGGGGCAGCAUGGAAGGUGAUGGCAUUCUCAGAGGCGCAUGGCCGCAGCAGCACUUCUAA